GGUACUCGUUGCGACAUAAGCGUGGGUAAAUAACAUGGCGAACGCAAAUUCCCGUUUAAAGGUACCCAAUGUAAUAGACUGUCUGUUAUGUUGUUAUUGUUUAGCUAAAUUCCAAACAAUCGUAACAAUACCCCAUCAUGGCCGCUGGAACACGAAAACCUGUCGAAAUCUGUAGGUUUUGUUUGAACCUGGAUAAUUUGACGCCCUUAUCGAAAUUAGCAAAGGCUUCGUUCACUAUCCAGGAUGUAGAACAUUUUACUGGCAUUCAACUUUCGCCAGAGGCAAAACGGUUGUCUGCAAUUUGUGAUCAAUGUACCGCAGUUGUGAAAAACUCAGUGACUUUCCGAACCAAUUGCUUGAAAUACGACAUCUUCUUCAAAGAGCUGUUUAGUAGCGAAAACAAAUGGAACCUAAUGGAAGACAACAGUUCCGAACAGUCCAUUGAAUUCUUGGAAGAUCCAAAGAACUCGAUCGAAACUGUAUUGAUCAAGGGAGAAAUUGACGAAUUGGUAACGAUCUCAGAUGAAGAUGAAGAUAACAAAAACACAGAAGAAAUCCCAAAACCAAUCGAUGGAAGAGAAAGUGAAACAAAUGCCACUGUAGCAAAUGUUCCAACGAAAAAGAAGAAAAUAUUCAGACACAAACCACAAUUGUGUGGUGUAUGUGGCAAAUUUAUUGUGAAUUUAACUGCACAUUCUAGAAAUCAUGACAAGGAGAAAAGGUACAGUUGUCCACAAUGCCCAGUUAAAAUGAGCAAUGAAACCAAUUUGAAAAGGCACAUAGAUACGGUGCAUGAAAAGAAAAUAAUAAUUAAUUGCGAAGUAUGUGCUAUUGGAUUUACCCAUAAGAACACUUACUUAUCUCACAUGAUGUCGCGUCAUGGAAUUGGCAAAACGUAUGAAUGCGAGAUCUGCAAUAAGCAAUUUAAAUACUAUUCGACGUACAAUUCGCAUGUGAAUACAUGGCACAAGAGAGUAAGAGAAUUUGCUUGUUUGACUUGUGGCAUGAAAUUCAAAGCAAGAGUCGAUUUGAAAAAGCACCAGCGUGUGCAUUCUUCCGAUAAACCUUAUGCAUGUGAGCGGUGUCCCAAGCGUUUCAAGAGUUCAUAUGCUAGAAAAAUCCAUCAGACAACGCACGACGGAGUUCGAUUUAAGUGCACCAUGUGUGAAAAAUCCUAUAGUUACAAAAGCCUCUUAUCUAUUCACUAUAAAAAAGAUCAUUCCGAUCAACUGAUAGAUGCCUCAAGCGUUUAAAAGUUGGAUCGAAGUCAAUAAAUUACGUAUAAUUUUUCUUCUAUUUCUAGGACAUAUUCGAAUCGUAGAGUUUAACUGCUGAUAAUAAACGGAUAGAGCAUGAAAGCCAUGAAAAAUAAAAAUAGAAUUUUUAGAUGU